AUGUCCCAGUCUGUCCUCGACAUGUCCGGAGCGUCCACGGGGACGUUGCUUCUGUCGGAGCCGCUUAACUUCUGGAACGGAAAGCGACUCAAGCCCAAACUCGACAAGGACUCCGAGCCCGUCUUCGAACCUGCCACCGGCCGUGUCCUCUGUCAGAUGGUUCCUUGUGGAGCUGAGGAGGUUGAUGAGGCCAUAAGGAGUGCCCAUGCUGCUUACCUAAAAUGGAGCAAGAUGGCGGGCAUGGAAAGAGCCCGGGUGAUGUUGGAGGCUGCUCGCAUUAUCAGGGAGAGAAGGGACAACAUCGCAAAGCUGGAAGUUAUCAACAAUGGCAAGUCCAUCACCGAGGCGAAGGUGGACAUUGAUAUUGCCUGGCAGUGCAUUGAGUACUACGCUGGCUUGGCUGCGACUCUAUCAGGCCAGCACAUCCAGCUUCCUGGUGGAGCAUUUGCCUACACCAGAAGGGAGGCUCUGGGUGUGUGUGUUGGAAUCGGAGCGUGGAACUAUCCCUUUCAGAUAGCAUCUUGGAAAUCUGCUCCAGCUCUGGCGUGUGGUAACGCCAUGGUGUUUAAGCCGUCUCCGAUGACUCCUGUCACUGCUGUUAUUCUGGCUGAAAUCUACAAAGAAGCAGGUGUGCCUGAUGGCCUCUUUAAUGUUGUGCAAGGUGGAGCAGAGACCGGCACACUGCUGUGCCACCACCCAUUGGUCGCCAAAGUCUCCUUCACUGGCAGUGUACCAACUGGGAAAAAGAUCAUGGAAAUGUCCGCUAAGGGAGUAAAGCCUGUGACUCUGGAGCUCGGAGGAAAAUCGCCCCUCAUAAUCUUUAAGGACUGUGAGCUGGAAAAUGCCAUUAAAGGGGCGCUGAUGGCGAACUUCCUGACACAGGGACAGGUUUGCUGUAAUGGAACCCGAGUGUUUGUGCAAAGAGAAAUCAUGCCGCAGUUCCUGACGGAGGUGGUGAAGCGGACUCAGGCCAUCCCUGUCGGUGACCCCCUGCUGGAGGACACCCGCAUGGGGGCACUUAUCAGUAAACCACAGCUCGAGAAAGUGCUGGGAUUUGUCAGUCAGGCCAAGCAAGAGGGAGCCAGAGUACUAUGUGGAGGAGAACCUUUCAUCCCCAGUGACCCCAAACUGAAAGACGGCUACUUCAUGUCUCCCUGCGUACUCGAUAACUGCAGAGACGACAUGACGUGCGUGAAAGAAGAGAUCUUUGGCCCUGUGAUGGCUGUUAUGCCAUUUGACACGGAGGAAGAAGUUAUCAAGAGGGCCAACAACACUACCUUUGGGUUGGCAUCUGGAGUCUUCACCAGGGACAUUUCACGUGCCCAUCGUGUGGCGGCGAACCUGGAGGCAGGGACCUGCUUCAUCAACAACUACAACAUCAGCCCCGUGGAGAUGCCGUUUGGAGGAUACAAGAUGUCAGGCUUUGGCAGAGAGAACGGUCAGGUGACUAUUGAGUACUACACCCAGCUGAAGACCGUGGUGGUGGAAAUGGGCGACGUUGAGAGCCUCUUCUGAAUGCAAUAAACUGCCUGUAAACCUGA